AUGUUAGCCAAAGCUAAUCCUAAAGCAACUCCUUAAAAUUAAAUAAUGUAAAAGAUCUAAUAUUGGUCUAAAGAGAGAAAAGAAUAGUUGAAAAAAGAAUACGAAGAAUUCAUAAAAGACUAUAAUUCCGAGUAAAUAAGGAAAAAAGUUUCAAAUAUCGACAAUUUCAUCAUAAAUUAUGCAAAAAAAUAAUUGAAUACUAAUGAAGACAAUUUAAAGAUAUAAAAUUUACACGCUUUCCUUGAGAAAGUUGUUAAGAAAGCUGUGGGAGAAGAGGCCGAGCUGCUUAUGUAUGGAUCAACGGUCAAUGGUCUAUGUGUAACAGGUAGCUCUGAUUUGGAUUUAACAGUCAUUGUUAACGGUCUUGAAGUUAAUCACAGUGACAUUUUGAAAAGGAUUUAAAGAUAAAUUGAAAAAGUAAACUAAGAUAAAAGAUUUAAAGAUAUAAUAAUCAGAGAUAUCAAAAGUGGGAGCUUAUUGGCUUUCUAAGAUAGCGAGACUAAGAUAGAAAUCGAUAUAACAGUAAACAAGAUAAUUGAAGUCUAUAACUCAGCAUUGCUCUUUAAUUACAGCCUAAUUGAUCAAAGAUUUUAUCAGCUAGUAAUUCUUCUUAAGCAAUGGAAUAAAAAGAAUUUUCCUGAUGCAUCAACUAGAAUAAAUUCAUACUCUAUAGUACUAAUGAUCUUAGCCUAUAUGUUGCAUAAAAAGCAGGUGCCUAAUAUCCAACAAUUAAGAAAAUGGAUAUGGGGGUUACCUUAAUAAAAUAUAUGA